AUGAUUCAGUCAGAUCAUCACCAUCGAUUCUUAUUGAUUCAUUGUCUAUUUAUAUUUCUAUUAAUUAAUCUAACUUCAGCACAAAUAUGUCAAAAUGAUAUACCUGAUUUUUUCUAUAAUGUCAGUUUUACUGGACCCAUUUUUGAUCAAUCUGUUUAUACAAUAACAGUACAAAAUUUCUCUGUAUUAUCUCCAAAUGAUACAACUGUAUUUAAUUUUAAUGUACGACCAGCAACAAUCUAUAGUCGACCAAGUUUUGUUUCAACAUCAGUGACUGGUCGAGCACUUAAUUUAACAUCAGGAAUUAUAACUGUAGUAUCAACCGAUCCAAGUUUUGCUGUUACUACAUUAUCAAAUGGUUCCUAUGCCCUUGUUACAAAUACUUUUCCAUUAAAUUACUUUUCACCUUAUAAUCGUUAUUUAUUUAAUCUGAUCGCAACUCAGACAUAUUCAAAUCGACCAGAAGUUAGUUCAACAGCUAUUGUUGAAAUUAAUUUAGAAAAUUAUAAUGUACAUGCACCAAUAUUCGUGCCAGCAAAUCAAACAUUUUAUAUCAGUGAAACUGCAGUAAUCGGUUCAAUAUUUGGUACUGUCUAUGCAACUGAUGCUGAUAAUGAUGGAAUUAUCUAUUCUAUGGUUAGUAGUCAAUUUUCAAUUGAUUCAUCAACUGGAGUUUUAACAUUACAACAAUCAUUUCAAACAUCAGCAGCAUCACAAUAUUUUGUUACAGUUACCGCAAGUGAUGAUGGUUCAUCAUGUUUACCAACACGUCCACUUUGUCCAAGAUUUUCUACAUCAACAACAAUUACAAUAAAUGUAACUGCUGUUAAUAAACGAUCACCACAAUUUCUCAAUUCAAUAUGUGGUUCAACACUUACAUUUUAUGAAAGUAAUGUAAUUGGAGCAAAUAUUACAACAAUAACGGUAUUUGAUGAUGAUAGAGGAGAUAAUGGACAAGUUACAAUAUCAUUUCCAUCUGAACAAGCACAAACAACAGUAAGCGGUUUAAGAAAUACCGCCUAUUCACAAUUUUAUAUUCAACAAUUACCACAAACGAAUACAACUCGUACAGCUUUAUUACGAACAAAUAUAUCAUUUGAUUAUGAUGCACCUGGUUGUCCUCGAGUUUGGUAUUUAUUCAUAUUAGCUACUGAUCAUGGUACACCACCACGACAGUCGUUCUGCAGUUUACGUAUUAAUUUACUUGACUUAAACGAUAAUCCGCCAGUAUUUGUAAUGACAAAUUGGAAUUAUACAAUAUAUCGUUCAACUGUUGGAAAUUCUAAUAAUAGUGCACGUUUCUUACGUAUAAUUGCAUCUGAUGCUGAUUCAGGUUUAAAUGGUCAAAUAAAUUAUUAUAUUGGAACGAUUAGUGUACCAUAUUUUACAAUAAAUCAAACGACGGGUACAAUUAUUCUUCGUAGUGAUGUUCCUGGAAUAUAUAAUUUAAGUGUUAGUCAAUUUCCAAUAACAUUCCAAGUUUAUGCACAAGAUCGUGGUACACCUCCACGAAUUAGUGAAGCAAAUGCAACGGUAACAAUUUAUUAUAAUAAUGGUAAUGAUCCUCCACCAGCUCGUUGGCUUGAUCCAGCUUAUGAAGAAUUAAAUUUUCCAAUCAUAGAAAAAUAUUAUGAAACUUAUGGUAAUCAACCGAUAUUUAAUACGAGUUAUGGUUUUAAUGGAACUAUAAGUUAUUUAUUAACAUCAUUAACAUCAUCAAUUAUGACUGUUAGUAGUCCAUUUCCAAAUACAUACAUACCAUUUAGUGAUGUAGCAGUAUCAAGAAAUGGAUAUACAUUUAAUAGUGGAAUUGUUGUUACGAGUGGUUUACAUGCUGAAAUUCAAAAUUUAUAUUUAAUAUAUAUUCGUGUUCUUGUAACUCCACCAUUAAUUGGUUCGACCACAAUAAGGAUAAUUGAUCAAAAUGAUCAAAUUCCAACAUUUGAUAUUCGUUCUAUAGUAUUGAGUGUUGUUGAAAAUGAAAGUGGAACACGUAUUAUUGCACAAAUUCAAGCAUUUGAUCGUGAUGUUGAUUUUCCAUAUAAUUAUGUUCAAUAUCGUUUAAAUGAAGUUUUAACUGAUUCCGAAGCUAUUGGAAAUUUUUUUGUUGCUUCCAAUGGUUCACUAUGGACAAAUGCAACAUUUGAUCGUGAAAGUAAUAAAACACUUUAUCGAAUAUUUGUAACAGCUUAUGAUGGUGCACCAGCAUGGAAUUCUGUUAAUCCAAAUACACAAGAUUUUCAAUUUGAUAUUCAAGUUAUUGAUGUUAAUGAUGUACCACCAGUUUUUGUUAAUUCAUCAUCAAUAACAAUACAAAUAAAUGAAACAACUGCAAAUGGUACUGGAAUACUUAAUUUAACGAUAACUGAUACUGAUUUUGAUACAAUAAUUGAUUUUGGAAUUUUAAGUGGAAAUCUAAGAAAUGUUUUUGAAUUUAAUUUACUAUCAAAUAAUUUAGCUGAUUCAACACGUACACAAUAUCAAGCAAUUGGACAAUUAUCUGUUGUUGGUCCAUUAAGUUAUGAAAGAACACCAAAUUAUACAUUAGUUUUAUCAGCAUUUGAUACACUAAAUCUGGCAACAGUAACAGUUACAGUUUUAUUGAUACCACAAAAUACAAAAGCACCUUAUUUUAAUUUAAUGCCCGGUUUUGCUUCUUAUCAAUAUUCUGUUACUGAAGGAACUGCAGUUCCAAUACUCGAUGGACCUGUUAUUCGUGCAACAGAUCCUGAUAUUCCACCGACAGCACUUGUCUAUUCUAUAGUUACUUAUAGUAAUCAACAAAAUUUAAAUCCUUUAUAUUUAAAUCAAGCUAAUAAUGCGACAACAAUUGGUAUCGCAUUACCAGGUCUUUCUCGUGAUUUACCAUUUGGCGCUCCUAUAUACAAUUUCUCUAUACGUGUUACUGAUCAAGCUGGAUUAGGUGUUUCAAGUUAUGUACCAGUUAGUAUCACAGUUAUUGAUACAAAUAAUAAUGCACCUAUACCAACGAAUCCACCAUGGAUUUUAACCGAAGGUGUAUUAAAUCCAAGUACAACAGUUAUAUUUACUGACUAUGAUGACCCAGCACAAAAUAAUACAGUACCUUAUCAAGUUCAAAUUGUUAGUCCAUCAUCGUUUUCACUUUCUGGUCCAACUUUAAAUUAUAAUGGAUCAUAUACAUUGAUCUAUAAUGGUAUUUUAAAUCGUACUCUAGCAAGAAAUUUAACUGUUACAUUUAAUGCAAGUGAUAAUAAAGGUUUUUCAGCUAUAACAACAAUUCCGGUUGUUGUUGGUGAUGUUUUAAAUGCUUAUCCAAUAUCCGAUGGUUAUAAAACAAUUAAUAUUGUCUAUGUUAAUGGUUACAUAAAUUCAUUACGAAAUGUUCAACUUGGUUCAGUUUAUGUUAUGGAUUUAGAUGAUUGGUUUCGUGCUUCAAGAACAUAUUCUGUAAGAGAUGUUAGCAAUGGACAAACAUUUAGUGCUUCACAAGGUUAUUUAAGUACAUCGGAUUUACUCUACCCGGGAUCUAUUACAGUACAUGUGACUGUUACAAAACCAAAUGUACCAUCAACAGCUUUAGGUACAAUGGAUCUUACAAUUACAAGUGUAGAUAGCGAACUUGUUCGACAAGCAGCAACAAUUCGUAUUCAAGGUGAAUAUCCUGAAACAUUAAUUGAUCCAUCACUUGGUAAUCGUCUUGGUACUCUUCGUAAUGCAUUAGCAUCAAUUUUACUUGUUACUGUUGAUUCAGUAAAAAUUCUAGCUAUUCGUUCUGUUUAUCAAUAUCGAAGUCCGUAUUACCCACCAUUACCAUUCGAUCAAGCUAAAGCACAAGCAUUAACUGAUGUUAUGUUCUAUGUUUCAUCAUUAAAUAGAUAUGAUAUUGAAAAUACAUUAAAUAAUAAUCUUGCUAAAUUUUCAUCAAGUUAUGGUAUAACAGCAAAUGCAAGUGGACCGAAUCCAUGUACUAACUAUGUUUGUCCAUUAGGUACAACUUGUCGUCCAACACGAACAAUCCAACCAUUACCUUAUGCAGUUGAUACAAAUCAAACAUCAUUUGUUGGAAUAAAUGUUGUUGAUUCUGCUGAUUGUGUUAAUGCAACUUAUGCAACUGGUUUUACAAAUACACAAAUUGGAUGUACAACAUAUUCAUUUAAUAAUUUAACAUAUUGUCCAUGUACAUCAUUACAAGCUUAUGCACCACUUGGACCUUAUUGUCAAGUUCUUGGAAGAACAUUUAAUAAUAAUGGUGGUAGUUAUGCUGUCUAUGAUGGAAGUAGUUUUUCAAAUGAAGCACCAACACGAUUUUCAUUUGAUUUUGCUUCACGAUCACCAUUAACUGAUGGAUUAAUUCUUUUAUAUGGACGUAAUACAACACCUGUCAAUGAUUUUGCUUGGACAUCCAUUGAAAUAUAUCAAUCAAAAUUAAGAUUUCGUUUUCGAGAUACAAUACUUGAUGCAGCAAGUACAACUCUUAAUGCUUCAACAUGGUAUCAUGUUGAAUAUCAAUAUGUUGAUUCAUUAAUUCUUGUCGAAGUAAAUGAUUGUCAAUAUGUAACAAAAAUAAAUAAUACAUUAAAUACAUAUGAUUUAUCUAAUGUUCAAUUAUAUCUUGGUGGUUUACCAGUUACAGGUUCAUUAGUAUCUGCUCUUUAUCCAGUAUUACAACAAGUUAAUACAUUUAGUGGUUGUAUAAGAAAUGUUUUAUCAAAUGGUUAUUAUCUUGAUAUGAAUUCAGCAUUAGCAUCAGCUAAUUCUGAUAUUGGACAAUGUCCAUGUGCAUUAACAAAUUCAUGUACGACAACAACAUUAGCACGUGCAUCAGAUAUAAUUAUACCUUGGUAUACAUGGUUAAUAAUUGCAUUAGUUUUAUUAUUAUUAGCAACAAUUAUUGCAUUAGGUUUAUUAACAUGUAUAAGAAGAAGACAACAACAAAAGACAUUAGCUGGUUUAUAUCCAGAUGAUACAAGAGAUAAUAUUAUUGAUUAUAAAGAAACUGCUGGCGAAGAAGAUCAUUCAACUUAUAAUCUUGGUGUAUUAAAAAAACCUGUUUAUGCAUUAUCAGAUGAAGAGAUCUUAGCAAAUGGUGCUCGAAGUGGUAUGCAUAAUAUAGGUUAUACUGAAACUACAAUAACUCGUCGACCAGGAUUAGGAGAAUAUAUUGAUGAAAAAUUAACUGAACAACAAAUAGCAUCAUAUGCAAAUGAUACACAAUUACAUUAUCGAUAUGAAGGUGAAGGUUCUAUAGCAUCAGAUUUAAGUUCAAUAGAAUCGAUUCAUUAUCAAGAUGAACAUGAUUUUCGAUUUCUUUAUUCAUGGGGACCAAAAUUUUCAAGAUUAGCUGAUUUAUAUGCUGGUGGUUUAGAUGAUGAUAAUAAUAAUAUUGACAAUGCUUAA